CCGCCGUGGGAAUUUUUUCUCCAGGCCCAACUGCCUCUCUACACUCUAGAGAGUUUCAAAACUAAGCUAGAAAUUGAUAGAACCGUGACAGUGAAUCUUCUUAAUUCACAGCAAGAUAUUUCCGCCGCGAAGUAGCCACAGCUUCCGUUUCCGGUUGGCCUAUUGCCUUGGAAACAAGGAUGCAAAACACUCUGGACCAGUAUGGCGGGGCUGAGCAAUUCGCAGAUCCCGGACGGUGAGUUCACGGCGGUGGUGUACAGGCUCAUCCGCGACUCCCGCUACUCAGAGGCGGUGCAGCUGCUGGCCGCUGAGCUGCAGAGGAGCCCGCGGAGCCGCGCAGGGCUGUCGCUGCUGGCCUACUGCUACUACCGCUUGCAGGAGUUCGAGCUCGCUGCAGAGUGCUAUGAGCAGCUGAGCCAGAUGCACCCAGAACUGGAGCAGUACCGCCUGUACCAGGCCCAGGCGCUGUACAAGGCCUGCCUGUAUCCAGAGGCCACCCGGGUCUCCUUCCUCCUGGACAACCCCACCUUCUAUAGCCGAAUCCUUCGUCUCCAGGCCGCCAUCAAGUACAGCGAGGGCGACCUGCCGGGAGCCAGGAGCCUGGUGGAGCAGCUGCUGAGUGGGGAAGGUGUGGAGGACAGUGGAUGGGACAAUGAUUAUGAUGGUCAAAUCAACCUGGGUUGUCUGCUCUACAAGGAGGGACACUAUGAAGCUGCCUGUUCCAAGUUCUUAGCAGCCCUACAGGCUUCUGGCUACCAGCCUGACCUUUCCUACAACUUGGCUUUGGCUUACUACAGCAGUCGGCACUACGCCCCUGCCCUGAAGCAUAUCGCUGACAUCAUUGAGCGCGGCAUCCGCCAGCACCCAGAGCUAGGUGUGGGCACGACCACUGAAGGCAUUGACGUUCGCAGUGUCGGCAACACCGUGGUCCUUCACCAGACUGCUCUGGUCGAAGCCUUCAACCUCAAGGCAGCCAUAGAAUACCAGCUCAAAAACUAUGAAGCAGCUCAGGAAGCCCUCACGGACAUGCCACCCAGAGCCGAGGAAGAGCUGGACCCCGUGACCCUGCACAACCAGGCGCUGAUGAACAUGGAUGCCAGGCCUACGGAGGGCUUCGAGAAGCUCCAGUUUCUGCUGCAGCAAAACCCCUUCCCCCCAGAGACCUUCGGCAACCUGUUGCUGCUCUACUGUAAAUACGAGUGUUUUGACCUGGCAGCCGAUGUCCUCGCAGAAAAUGCCCACCUGACUUACAAGUUCCUCACUCCCUACCUCUAUGAGUUCUUGGACGCCAUGAUCACUUGCCAGACGGCUCCGGAAGAGGCUUUCAUUAAGCUGGACGGGCUGGCUGGCAUGCUGACUGAGCAGCUCCGGAAACUCACCAUACAAGUACAGGAUGCAAGGCAUAACAGAGAUGACGAAUCUGCCAAAAAGGCUGUGAACGAAUAUGACGAAACUCUGGAGAAGUACAUCCCUGUACUGAUGGCCCAGGCGAAAAUCUACUGGAACCUGGAAAACUAUCCAAUGGUGGAGAAGAUCUUCCGCAAGUCGGUGGAGUUCUGCAAUGACCACGAUGUGUGGAAGCUGAAUGUGGCCCACGUGCUCUUCAUGCAGGAAAACAAAUACAAAGAGGCCAUUGGCUUCUACGAGCCCAUCGUCAAGAAGAACUAUGACAACAUCCUGAGUGUCAGCGCCAUCGUGCUAGCCAACCUCUGUGUCUCCUACAUCAUGACGAGCCAGAACGAGGAAGCCGAGGAGUUGAUGAGGAAGAUUGAAAAGGAGGAAGAGCAGCUGUCCUACGGCGACCCGGACAAGAAGAUCUACCACCUGUGCAUCGUGAAUCUGGUGAUAGGAACGCUUUACUGCGCCAAAGGAAACUAUGACUUUGGCAUCUCUCGGGUUAUCAAGAGCCUGGAGCCUUACCAUAAAAAGCUAGGAACUGACACGUGGUAUUACGCCAAGAGAUGCUUCCUGUCCUUGCUGGAAAACAUGUCAAAGCACACGAUCAUGCUGAGGGACAGCGUUGUCCAGGAGUGUGUCCAGUUCCUAGAGCAGUGUGAACUUUACGGCAGGAGCAUCCCUGCUGUUCUGGAACAGCCCUUGGAGGAAGAGAGGAUGCACAUUGGGAAGAACACGGUCACCUAUGAGUCAAGAAAAUUAAGGGCUCUGAUUUAUGAAAUCACUGGAUGGAAUAUGUGAUUAUGGCUGGCAAUGACUUUUAUCAUGGUGACUGUGUAAAUUUUCAGUUUUUAAUGUAUCUUUUGCUAUUUUUAUUUGCUAUUUGUGAGACUAUGUAUACUUCAGUGUAAAAAAGAACUACU